GCGCAGCACACACAAACCAGACAAAGACAGAGGAGAGCAGUGUGGGAUGUGGACUGGAGUUUGGGACCGACACAAGAGGAUCACUAAACACCUCCAUGGGGUAGCCAUACAGACACAGCCAAUUCCUAGGAUGUUUAUCUAAACAUGAGGAAGUGCACCAAGAGGCAAAGAGGGAGCACGUACCAGUGAUACUUUGAGGACAUGUGACAGUGAAGAGGUGAAACGCUGACUAUGGGUGACUGGAACCUGCUGGGCAGCAUCCUAGAAGAGGUCCACAUUCAUUCUACUAUCGUGGGCAAGAUCUGGCUUACCAUACUUUUCAUCUUCCGCAUGCUGAUCCUGGGUGCGGCCGCUGAGGACGUAUGGGAUGAUGAGCAGUCCGAGUUUGUCUGCAACACUGACCAGCCAGGCUGCAAGGCGGUCUGCUACGACCGUGCCUUCCCCAUCUCCCUCAUACGUUUCUGGGUCUUGCAGGUGAUCUUUGUCUCUGCGCCAUCGUUAGUCUACAUGGGCCAUGCCCUCUACUGCAUGCGAGCACUUGAGAAGGAGCGCCACCGCAGACGGGCCCAGCUGAAGGAGGAGCUGGAUGAGGUGGAGUUGGCGCUGGACGAACAUAAGCGCAUGGAGAGGGAACUGAGGAGGCUAGACGAGCAGAGGAGGGUGAAGAAGGCUCCUCUCAGAGGCUCUCUAUUGAGAACGUACAUCAUCCAUAUCCUUACACGCUCUCUGGUGGAGGUCUGCUUCAUUUUCGGCCAGCAUAUACUUUAUGGUGUCCAACUAGAGCCCCUCUAUAAGUGUGAUAGGCUACCUUGCCCCAACAGUGUAGAUUGUUACAUCUCCAGGCCCACGGAGAAGACAAUAUUCAUGGUUUUCAUGAUUGUCAUUGCUGGUGUGUCACUGUUCCUCAACAUACUGGAAAUAUCCCACUUGGGAAUCAGGAAAAUCAAACAGACACUGUAUGGAGAGAGGUACACGGAAGAUGACAGUUUGAUUUACAAGGCUAAGAAGAAGUCGUUACCACACCUUUGUGUAAUGAGUAAUGUAUCACCUCACAACGGGCCUUUGACUCAGACCUUCAAAGUGAUUCCAGAGGCAGAUAUGAAGCCUCCAUAUUACAAUACUGUGCUCAAAGCCAACCAGGAGGCACCAAGACACAACAGCUUGGCCUAUAUGGGACACAGUCAGACCAGCUAUAUCUGUCCCGAACCUAGGAUGCCGCCCGGGUCUGGCAGGAACUUUGCAAUUCAAGCCCCCAAAACCCAUGAAGGUCCAGAAAUCCGCACAGCUAUGGUGGACCAUCAUCUGGCCUGGGCUGCUGUAUCAACUGUGGAGGGAAACGCAACAAACCAUCAUCCAGAUCCCCAUGAGGGAGAGUGCCCUCACUCUACCCAUUUGGAAGCUCUGCUGUCCACUAGCACCUUAAGGCCCAGCGCUAUCAGAGACCUGGAUGAGAAUCAUCGAAGGGAGUCAAAUGAGAGUGAAGUCCUGCUAUCCAACCCCAGGAAGACCAGCUUCAUGAUUAGGCCACCAUCUGACAGCUUGUCUUCUAUCAGUGACUCCACCAGCCCUUCCUUGCAUACCUCAGAGGAGUCAGAUGAACUGGGCUCCCUGCAGGGAGACAUGCCAAUGAUGCCGCCUGCUGGAGGCCGAAGAAUGUCAAUGGCAAGUAAAGAGUGGAGAUCUUCUAAUGUGCUGGAAUUUGCUUUUACCUGCCUUUGGUGUCUAGAGCCUAAUAGUCUAUAUAUGUUAUAUGUAUGAAAUAUGGAGAUUAUGAUAGUGUACUAUCAAAUAAGUCCAAGCAAAAAUCACUCUAAUACUGGCUUACUGAUACAGUAAUGAAAAUACGCCUUUCAUCCAAAUAGGUCAACCAAUUGAUUUGGCCAGAAUAUAGAAUAUGAAAAAGAUGGAGAAUAUCCAAAGAAAAAGUGGUGGCAGAAAACAGGAGCAAAUACAAACAGAGGUGGAGGAAACACAUUAUUGCUGUCGUAUAAAAGGGAGAAAUUGGCAACCCCUCCCGAUUCAAUGAUCCAGUAGGAUGUAAUAGGACAAAAUCAAAGUCAAAACGACGGAUAAAGCUUUUCAGUUCUGUCGGGAAAUGCAAAACAGCAACAACAGUGAGGAGACAAUUGCAAUUGUUCAAUUCAAUUCAUAUUAUUUUGUAUAACCCAAAAUCGGAAAUUACAAAUUUACAGUCUAUACACAUACGACAUCCUCUGUCCCGAAACCCACCAUCGGCACAGGAAAACUCCCCAAAAUAUGAAAAAACCCUUCCAAGAGG